UCUGUUGCUGCAUUGAGUUCCCUGGAGUGAGAGAGAGACACACACAGGAACCUAGGCUUCAACUCCAUGAGUCUCUUCGGCCUCAGUAGCAGAAACCAGAAGACCUUUCGUCCCAAGAAGAAUGCUCCAUCAGGAAGUAAGGGUGCUCAACUUCAAAAACAUAUAGAUGCAACCUUAGGUAGUGGGCACUUGAGAGAAGCUGUGAAGCUACCUCCUGGAGAAGAUCUAAAUGAGUGGCUGGCAGUAAACACGGUAGACUUCUUCAACCAAGUGAACAUUUUGUAUGGUACUCUAACUGAGUUCUGCACCCCAAACAAAUGUCCAACAAUGUCAGCAGGACCAAAGUAUGAAUAUAGAUGGGCUGAUGGAGUUACAAUCAAGAAGCCAAUAGAGGUAUCUGCUCCAAAGUACGUUGAGUACUUGAUGGACUGGAUUGAGACUCAACUAGAUGAUGAAUCAAUUUUCCCACAAAAAUUAGGAGCGCCUUUUCCACAAAAUUUUCGAGAUGUUGUGAAAACCAUUUUUAAAAGAUUGUUCCGAGUCUACGCUCACAUCUACCACUCACAUUUCCAGAAGAUUGUGAGUUUGAAGGAAGAAGCUCAUUUGAAUACAUGCUUUAAACAUUUUGUUCUGUUUACCUGGGAAUUCCGGUUGAUUGACAAAGGGGAGCUUGCACCUCUCUCUGACCUUGUGGAUUCUAUUCUUCAGUAGUAGCUCUCAUUCAUUUUUCCGUUCAAAUUUUCUGGAUAUAUUUCUUUCCGUGGUGGAGUGAUGAAGCCUUACCAUCCUGUCUCCUGUCUUGUUCCCAUGCCAAUUUGAUUUUAAUUUCUCCUGAAUCAAUGAAGGUAACCUUCGUUCCAAACAAGAAUUCCUAGUGAUGGUUGUUACCUGCAUCCUCUCCUUGUCAUAGUGUUCAUUC